AUGGCAGAGCCUUCGCUGCCCCUCUCCUUCCUCUGCCUCCUCGCCUUGUCCUCCGCCUGCUACAUCCAGAACUGCCCCCGGGGCGGGAAGCGGGCGCUGGCCGACUCAGCUCUCCGACAGUGCAUGCCCUGCGGCCCCGGCAACAGAGGGAACUGCUUCGGGCCCGGCAUCUGCUGCGGCGCGGAGCUGGGCUGCUACCUGGGCACGGCGGAGACGCGGCGCUGCGCCGAGGAGGAUUACCUGCCCUCCCCCUGCCAGGCCGGCGGGCAGCCCUGCGGCUCCGGGGGCCGCUGCGCCGCGCCCGGCAUCUGCUGCACCGCCGAGACGUGCGCCAUGGACACCGGCUGCCUGGACGAGGGCAGCGACGGCGCUCCGGAGGCGGCGGAGGAGAAGAACCUGACGGUGCUGGAUGGCUCGGCCGGAGAUCUGCUCCUCAGGCUCAUGCACUUGGCAAACCGGCAGCAGCAGCAGCAGCAGCAGGGCAAGCACCCCCUGCUCUGAGCCAGGGCGUGGGGAGUCCCCCCCACCCUGACCGACACCCCCACCCCGGCACUGUACAUACGAGACCCAAUAAAAGUCCUCGUGCACUGUG